AUGGCUGUUUUGUGGUUCGUGCUACUAGGAGGGCUGCUCACAUUCUUCUUUGGAGUAUUUGUCUGGGUUUUUAUCCAGCACCUGCUCACUAUUGAAAUACCAUCUGGCCUGAAGCAUCCAGUCAAGUUAAGGAUUUUGCAUUUCACUUUCCAGUACCUGGUAACUUUGGGGACUAUACUAGAGAAAAUGAGAAUUUGUUCCAUACCUACAAUUUUACAGUUUUCUCAAAAGCUAAUUUUCAUAAAGAAAGAUCCCAAUGUGUUAGUGACUGACAUGCAUUUUGGGACAGUUCCUGUGAGGCUGUUCAAGCCCAAAGAAGUGUCUUCCAAACUCCGGCGAGGCAUCAUAUUCUAUCAUGGAGGAGGUGCAAUAUUUGGAAAUCUGGAUGUUUACCAUGGCCUGGGCAGUGUCCUCGCCCAUGAGACAGACUCAGUGGUCCUGUUGGUGGGGUACCGCAAGCUUCCUAACUUCCAUUAUCCUGUUAUCCACCUGGAUUGCCUGAAUGCUUCGAUUCACUUCCUGAAGAACCUUGAAACCUAUGGGGUAGACCCCUCCCGGGUGGUGAUCUCUGGAGAGAGUGUUGGAGGUUGUACUGUGGCCACUGUCACUCAGGCUUUGAUCAGUCAAGGCACACUUCCCCAGAUCAGGGCUCAAGUCCUGAUUACCCCAAUUUUGCAGGGCACUAAUUUCCAGCUACCAUCACACCAGCAGAAUCAAAAUGUCCCAAUGAUUACCAGAGACGUAAUUAUUACAUUUCUUUGUAGAUACCUAAGCAUUGACCUUGCUUGGAAAAAUGCCAUGCUGACAGGAGCCUGUGUGCCCCUGGACAUCUGGAAAAAGUAUAGCAAGUGGAUCAGCUCUGGCAACAUUCCCCAAAGGUUUAAGGGCAAAAACUUCCAUUCUGAGUUUCUGGGACCUUUCAAUGAGGCUGCCUAUCUGGAAACUAAGCAUAUUUUGGAUGCAAAUGUUUCACCUCUCCUAGCAGAUGAUAAGAUCAUUGCUCAACUUCCAGACACAUUUCUGGUGAGCUGUGAGUAUGAUCCUCUCCGGGAUGAUGUCUUGCUCUACAAGAAGCGCUUGGAAGACCAGGGGGUUCCUGUGGGCUGGUACCAUGCAGAGGAUGGCUUUCAUGGAUGCAUCAGUUUGUUUGAUAAGCCACUUUUCUCUUUCCCCUGCUCCAUGAAUAUUUUAAAUGCAGUCAUCAGUUACAUUAAGGGUGUAUGA